UCCCCUCUCCGCCACCCCGCGCGCCCCCACCUCCUCUGGCGCCGCGGGGAACAUGCGGCUCCGCUCCCGGAGGCCGGCGAGUGACUGACCCGCGUCCCCACCGCAGCCCGCCCGCCCGCUGGCCCGGCCUCUCCCCCCCGCCUCGCCCAGGCAAUGACAGCGGCUCCGGCGUCCCCGCAGCAGAUCAGGGACCGGCUGCUGCAGGCCAUCGACUCCCAGAGCAACAUCCGGAACAUGGUGGCGGUGUUGGAAGUCAUCUCCAGCCUGGAGAGAUACCCCAUUACCAAAGAGGCACUAGAGGAGACGCGGCUGGGGAAGCUCAUCAACGACGUCCGCAAGAAGACCCAGAACGAGGAGCUCGCCAAGCGCGCCAAGCGGCUACUACGGAGCUGGCAGAAGCUCAUCGAGCCCGCGCACGCACACCAGAAUGAGGCGGCGCUGCGGGGGCUGCCGGGGCUGCCCGGCUCAGCCAACGGCGGCGCGCACAACUGCCGGCCCGAGGCAGGCACGGCCAGUGCGCCCAAGAGCAUCCUGGACCUGAAGACGCGGAAUGACAUCCAGAGGCUGCCCGGGCAGCGGCUGGACAGGCUGGGCGGCCGCAAGCGCCGCGGGGACCAGCGCAACCUGGGCCACCCUGGGCCGCUGCCCAAGGUGGCCAAAGCCAGCCACGAGUCCCAGGUCCCCAACUCAUCCCCCCUCCCCACCAAUGGCCUCAGCGGGAGCCCCGAGAGCCUGCCCAGCCCCCGGGACAGUAGUGGUCGCCUGGAGCCCAGCGAGAAUGACAAGCACGGCGGCAAGAUCCCCAUCAACGCGGUGCGGCCGCACCCCACCUCCCCUGGCCCGGGCCAGCCCCUCGGGCCCUGCCCACAAACGAAGGCUUCGGUGCUGCAGCAGCUGGACAGGGUGGAGGAGACCCCGGGGCCUCCGCACCCUCGGGGGCCCCCUCGCUGCUCCUUCAGCCCCCGGAACUCACGGCACGAGGGCUCCUUUGCCCGGCAGCGGAGCCCGUGCGCCCCCAAGGGUUCAGUGCCCAGCCCUUCUUCGCGGCCUCAGCCCCUCGACACCCCGCAGGUGCCGUCACCCCUGCCGCCGGCCCAGCCGUCCACGCCCCCCGUGCGGCGGCUGGAGCUGCUGCCCAGCGCCGAGAGCCCGGGGCGCUGGCCGGAGCAGCCCGAGGGCCACCCGCGGCUGGCGGGGCCGGGCUGCAAGGCUGGGCCGCUCCCCGCCGAGCCCCUCCUCGCCCGGGCUGGCCUCUCCCCGGACUCCUCCAAGGCGGACAGCGACGCUGCCUCCUCGGGGGGCUCGGACAGCAAGAAGAAAAAGAGGUACCGGCCUCGGGACUACACGGUGAACCUGGACGGGCAGGAGGCCGAGGCAGGUGUGAAGCCUGUGCGGUUAAAAGAGCGGAAGCUCACCUUUGACCCCAUGACGAGACAGAUCAAACCUCUGACCCAGAAAGAGCCGGUGCGGGUAGACAGCCCCGUGCAGGCUGAGCCACCUGCCAGGACAGAGCCGGACAAGUCGGAGGCCAAGGCCAGCCUGCAGAGCCCCUUCGAGCAGACGAACUGGAAGGAGCUGUCUCGCAGCGAGAUCGUGCAGUCGUACCUGAGCCGCCAGAGCAGCCUGCUGUCCUCGUCGGGCGCGCAGACCCCCGGCGCGCACCACUUCAUGGCCGAGUACCUGCGGCAGGAGGAGAGCAGCCGGCGUGGGGCCCGGCAGCCGCACGUGCUGCUGCCGCUCGAGCCGCCCAGCCACCUCCCGGGCCUCACCCGGGAGAUCGCGCGGGACGAUCUGGACAGGCUCCAGGCCGGCCGGUGGCCGGGGGUGAACGGGUGUCAGGACACACAGGGUAACUGGUAUGACUGGACGCAGUGCAUAUCGCUCGACCCGCAUGGCGAUGACGGGCGCUUGAACGUUCUGCCUUAUGUCUGCUUGGACUGACCUGGCGCUGCAGCUGCCCCAAAGUGCAUUCCCGCCUGGCAGGAACCGGGGCGGCAGCGCGCUCGGCAGCCUGGGGCGGUGGGCCCAGGGGGAGGCACUGUCUCUUCCCUCCAAGUCUCCUUCUCUUGUGAAAUGCUGCUACCAGGUUACUAACGAAACUGCAAAGGAAGGACGACAUUGCAGAAGGAAGGGCGGACAGCGGAAGGGAGUUCAGAACUCUAUAGCAAACCAGCUCUAAAAGCGUCAGACCCCACCCCGCCCCCCUGCAAGGUGCAGGCCCCUUCCACGCCCAAGCGCUGGGCCCUCCCUGGCAGGUGGGCAGGCAGGCGGGUGCAGACAGGCCCCGGGAGAGGUUACCUUUACACAGCGACAGACGACAGACGCACGCAUCUCAUCUCUGCAUUUUCUGUUCUCACCAGGCCGACAGUGGGCCGCACCUCAGCCUCUUUUUCUCACCCUCACCCAGUCACUGUUGAGCCAGUGUUUUCUUUCUGUCAUUUGCUAGAAGCUUCUUAGCCAUGGGCAUUGGGUGGGCAGGCCAGUCGGCCACCAGCCUCACCCCUGACUCCACGGGCAGACCCACCCGUUUGU